UUUGGGUGGGUCAUUAUGGUUGUGUCGAUGUUAUGUAACAGUAUGAUUAUGUUCUUAGCAUGCAUAACACCAGAAUGGCCAGUUAGAAAGCCACCAAAACCAAAGUCUCCUGCCAAGGGAAAGAAGCCCAAACUAAGCAAAGCAGACAAGGAGAAACUCAAGAAAGAAGAAGCUGAAAGAAAAUCAAAAGAGGAAGAGGAAGCGCGCUUAAAAUCUGAACAAGAAGAAAAAGAACGUCUGGAAAGAGAACAUCUUGAGAAUGAGGAACGAGCACGCAUUGAAGCCAAGGAAAAAGAGCGGCAUGCAGCUGAGGUUACAGAGCUAAGUAGCAUCCUUCAAGGCAAUGCCACAGCACUACAAAACCUGCAAGAGGAAAGGAGAGCCAAUGCCAAAUGGGAUCGUUACGUGCUAUGUAAUGGUAGUCCUGACCCUACCGUGCCAAGUGAAAUAAACACGUACAUCAACCUGUGGAAGGAGGAUAAAGAUCGCAAUGAUAUUGAUUGUGUCCUGAAGGAAAGCAAGUUAACUCUAUCUUUGAUUGAAGAAGUUGUGCAACACAUGAAAAGCUUAGCAGGUGACCAACUCCCUGAUACCACCGAAAAGUACUUGAAAGAGACUAUUGCAGACUUAGAGGCGUUACUGAUUCAGAAAAUGGACCAGGCCAGUCUACUUUUGCUGAAGGUUAGAUUAUAUUAACUGAUUCCUCUCUAU